CAAGUCCACGUGAUGGUUUAUUCUACACCCUAUAUUUUAUAAAAUUUAUAGGCAAUAGUUCUGGAAUCCCAGUAAUGCGUUAUUGAUUUCUUCGAAUCAUUCUUAUCGUCUAUGCCUUUUUUUGGUCAACUAGCCAGCAAGUUAGCUCGAAACUGUUUUGACAGGUUGUGCCGGUUUUCUCGCAGGCCUAUCUGCAAGUUUCACCAUUCUUACCGGUCUCGGACGUCGGUACCAGAAGACUUUGCCGUAGGUUUGUUCAACCUGCUAAGCCGUGCCAUUAAACUGUUCGAAAUUGUUAACCAACCAAGCGGUUUAAUUAUUUUUAGAUCAACUAAUACUCUCUCUCUCUUUGCUGUCGGAAUUCUGUAGAAUUUUCUUUGAACUCUGAUUAUUUCUUUCUUCGCCAACAAUCUCAAAAUGAAAAUAAGGCUACGAUCAUGCACGACUCUAAUUCUACUAGCCCUUUAUUUUGGGUUUGUUGUUGCUAUGGAAAUUGUGGAUGUUCCAAUCCUUGGGUCAGCCAAACGUCGUAUUGUGUCACGGGUCACCUCACACUUGCGCCUCAAUAAGAGACAGGCCAAUCGAGUCACCCAACACCUGAAACCACCUAAAGAAAUUGACCCUAUACCAGAUGGCCCUCGUGUGCCCAUGCCGAGGAUUAGCCCUGAAGAGAUGACAAAGUUUGUUGAAGAAGCUGUUAAAACAGUCAACGAGCGUUUUGAUAUCCUGGAACCCAGGAUCUUCAAGCAAGGUGCCAUUCAGAACCCAGGGACACCAGCAUGGUUUUAUGCUGCAAUGGGUAAAACCAAAGUCGCAGCUAAGAAUUAUUCUCGUAUGGCCAUAAUGGCAGAAGAAACAACAAAAUUAGUCGCCCAAAAAUACCGCCUGAGUAAGGACCAGAUUACCUAUGGACUGCCCACUGCUGACAUUCGCGGGACGUUGCUAGGAAACUCCUGUACCCUGAAAGUUAACUUCCCCUGUCAACCGAGAAAGUAUCGAGCUUUUAGUGGUUACUGUAACAAUGUUCAAAACCCGACGUGGGGCAACGCCAAUACCCCUUAUGUCCGUUUUGUGGCCCCUGACUACGCUGAUGGUGUCAAUGUUCCUCGUCAGUCGGUAAGGAAUGAAUUCCUUCCCAGUGCGCGUGAAAUAAGUCUGAUGAUCCACAGCGAUGCUGAUAAUCCCCAUCCUCACCUAACCACAUUGAUGACGAUCUUUGGAGAGUUUAUUUUCCACGACUUGGCCCAUACAGCGCAAUCUGCAGGAUAUCAGGGUCACAGACUAAAAUGUUGUGAAGUAGCUUUGAGUGAGUUUCACCCUGAAUGCUAUCCAGUACGUGUCCCAGAGAAAGAUCCUGUCUUUGGAAAGCGAGGUCAAAACUGCAUUGAAUAUACUCGUUCCUGUACUGCACCUCGAACUGGAUGUACUCUUGGAGCAAGAGAGCAGAUCAACCAAGUGACUUCAUACAUUGAUGGUUCUGCUAUUUAUGGAGCAUCUGUUUAUGAGGCUAACAUACUGAGAGCCUUUAGAAAGGGGACUCUGAAAACACAGCGGGGACGAUCAGGACAUGAACUCAUGCCAGGGGAACAACAAACUCAAGACUGUAGAUCUUCUGGUGGAACUCAAUGUUUUCUUGCAGGGGAUGUUCGUGUGAAUGAGAAUGCAGGACUCAUGGUAAUGCAUACAAUCUGGGUUCGAGAACACAAUCGUAUAGCAAAUUCUCUGUCUGCUCUGAACCUUCACUGGGAUGAUGACCAAGUGUACGAAGAAGCAAGAAGGAUUGUCAUAGCAGAGCUUCAGCAUAUCACCUACAAUGAGCUUCUACCUGCUCUUCUGGGUCAAGAACUGAUUGAUAAAUAUGACCUCCAACCCCAGGCUAGUGGCUAUUAUACUGGCUAUGAUAUAAAUAUCAAUCCAGGAAUAUCCAAUGCUGUGGGCACUGCAGUUCUGAGUUUCCUCUACUCUAUGAUGCCAUCUAAGUUUGACCGUUAUUCCAAGGAUUACCAUAAGCUGGGCUCCACCCCAAUGAGCCAAACUUUUUUUGACCCAAAAGAUAUGUAUGAACCCAAUAAAUUCAACGAGUACUUAUUAGGAUUAGUUAGUCAACGAGCCCAAAGGAGAGAUGAAUUUAUCAGCAAGGAAAUGACCAACAGUUUUUUCUCUGAUAGUAAACCAGGGUCUGGUAUGGAUUUGGCAGCAAUGGUUAUUCAGCAAGGUCGUGACCAUGGAAUUGCAGGUUACACUCAUUGGAGGAAGUUCUGCCGACUAGAUCCUGUCAUAUACUCUUUUAAUGAUCUUCAUUCAGUAAUGUCUGUCAAUACAGUGGACAAGUUGGCUCAUCUCUAUAAACAUGUUGAUGACAUUGAUCUCUUCACUGGUGGGCUUGCAGAAAACCCAGUUACUGGAGCUGCAGUUGGACCUACAUUUGGUUGUCUGUUAGGCAGACAGUUUCAUUAUCUGAGAAGGGGUGAUAGAUUCUGGUAUGAAAAUGACAUUCCCCCAUCUUCCUUCACCAAAGAACAACUGAAAGAAAUCAGGAAAGUGACUUUGGCUCGAGUAUUGUGCGACAAUGCAGAUAAAGCAGAUUUUAUACAACCUUCAACAAUGCUGAUCAGUGAUCCUUUCUUAAAUGCCUACCAAACAUGUAACACUGAGGACAUAUCUUCUUUAGACCUGAAGAAGUGGCAAACAGCAUCCCCAUUGUUUGUUGUUCCUAAUAAUCUACUUAAAGAUUCUUUGAAGAGAGGUAAAAGACAGGCUCAAGAUUUGAAAUCUGCUGAGAGGGAAAGCUUCAAUAACAAUGUAGGUGUUGCAGAUGAUAAAAGUCCAGAAGCAGCACAUCUAGGAUUUCUUCGUCCUAAACGUCAAGCUCGGCAGAUUUCCAACCAGUCAACCGUUUUGGAGUUUGCUUCACAGGGAUUUGUGUCAAAUAUACUAAGCAGUAAUCAACGAGACAAAGAAGACAGUAGUGGCUCUCCCACCAACAUAAAAGAACUAAUGGUAGCACUUCCUAACAUUGAUGUCCAAGACUUUCUAGACAUUCCAAAAGUGUUUGAUUGUGAUGAACAAACAUUGCCAUGUGAUCAUACAACUAAGUUUAGGACCAUUACUGGUUGGUGUAAUAAUCUGAAUAAUCCAGAAUAUGGUAAAAGUUUGAGAAUCUUCAACCGACUACUUCCUCCUAGUUAUCAUGAUGAUAUGAGUGAGCCACGAAAAUUUGGCAUCAAAAGAGCACCACUUCCAAGUCCCAGAGUAAUUUCAACCACAGUACAUUAUGAUGUGAGUGCCCCCCAUGUUCGUUAUUCGCUGAUGGUGAUGCAGUGGGGACAAUUCUUAGACCAUGACAUAACCUUUACCCCAAUGAAUGAAGGUUUUAAAGGAUCAGUUCUGAAUUGUAAAGAUUGUGAUUCCUCUAGUAAAAUACAUCCAGAGUGCUUACCAAUAAGCAUUCCCAACAAUGACCCAUACUAUCCACCUGUCAACUUGACUACUGGUCAACCAAACUGCAUAUCUUUUGUACGGUCACUCUCUGGACAACUAACACUUGGCCGUCGGGAACAGUUAAAUCAGGUAACAGCCUUUGUUGAUGCAUCCCAAGUUUAUGGGUCAGACAAAUGUGAAGCUCGAAUGUUAAGGUCUUUCAUUGGUGGAGGGUUAAAUGUUACUCGUCAUCCCUUGAAUGGAAAAGAUUUGUUACCUCAGACAGCAACUCAUAAGGAAUGCAGGGCACCCUCUGGGUUAUGCUUUGAAGCUGGUGACUCUAGGGCCAGUGAACAACCUGCUUUAGCAGCUAUCCACACAAUCAUGAUGAGGGAACACAACAGGAUUGUAAGUUAUCUACAACAAAUAAAUCCACACUGGAGUGAUGAACAGCUUUACCAAAAUGGUCGUCGUAUCGUAUCGGCUAUGAUACAGCACAUUUCAUAUAACGAGUUCCUACCAAGGAUCGUAGGCAGAAAUUUUGUUCACCGAUAUGACUUACCCUUGUUGAAUGAAGGCUACUAUGAAGGUUAUGACCCAACUUGUAACCCCACUGUUUUGAAUGAGUUUGCUACUGCAGCCUUUCGUUUUGGACACAGUCUAAUUAAGCCAGUCUUGGAAAGAAUGGGUCAUGACUACAGAGUGUUGAGAGACCCACUUAAACUAAGGAACGGUUUUUUCAAUACUGAUAUGUUAUAUGCUGCUCAAGCUAUUGACCACAUUAUGCGUGGCCUUGUGACCAGUAGUAUGGAGACAUUAGAUAAUACCAUUACAGAAGAAGUGACCAACCAUCUGUUUGAAGAUAAGAGAAUUCCUUUUUCUGGAAUGGACUUGGCAGCUCUCAAUCUACAGCGUGGCCGUGAUCAUGGUCUCCGCCCAUAUAAUGACUAUCGGGAAGUCUGUAACUUGACAAGAGCUAGAACUUUUAAUGACCUCAGGGAAGAAAUUCCACUGAACAUCAUUGAUAGGCUUAGGAAUGUUUAUGAGUAUGCAUUUUACAUAGUCUUACCAACAUGUGUUUGGAUUUAUG